AUGGUGCAGAAUGAGCUAGCGAGGCUUGGGGAACAACUCGUUAACAGUGCUGAAGGUACAAGGGCUAUAGCUUUGGAGCUUUGCCGUGAGUUUGAGGAGAAAUUUCUUCUCCACUUGGCUGGUGGUGAAGGAAGUGGUUGGAAAGUUGUUGCAAGUUUUGAAGGAACUUUCCCCAACCGAAUCAAGCAGCUUCCAUUGGAUAGGCAUUUUGACUUGAACAAUGUUAAACGGGUUGUUUUGGAGGCAGAUGGUUAUCAACCUUACCUUAUAUCUCCAGAGAAAGGGUUGAGGUCGUUGAUAAAGAUUGUUCUUGAGUUGGCUAAAGAUCCUGCACGUCUUUGUGUUGAUGAGGUUCAUCGAGUUCUUGUUGACAUAGUUUCAGCCUCUGCAAAUGCUACACCUGGACUCGGGAGAUAUCCUCCUUUCAAGCGGGAGGUUGUAGCUAUAGCAAGUGCAGCACUUGAUGGUUUCAAGAAUGAAGCCAAGAAAAUGGUGGUUGCACUAGUCGAUAUGGAACGGGCUUUUGUACCACCUCAACAUUUUAUCCGUCUUGUGCAAAGGAGAAUGGAAAGACAACGUCGCGAGGAUGAGCUGAAAGGACGAUCUUCUAAGAAGGGACAAGAUGCUGAGCAGUCCCUUUUAAGCAGGGCUGCUAGUCCUCAGCCGGAUGGUGGUAGCAUGAAAUCGAUGAAAGACAAACCUAGUCCGCAAGAUAAAGAGACGCCGGAGGUGUCUGGUCUGAAAACUGCUGGACCUGAGGGAGAGAUAACAGCAGCCUUGAUAAAACUAACUUCCAAGGUCGAUAACAAAAAUAUAUUCUUUCAUGUAGGGUACUUAAUGAAGAAAAGCGCAAAAACAAAUGGAUGGAGUAGGCGAUGGUUUGUUCUGAAUGAGAAAACUGGAAAGGAAUGCACUAUUGAAGAAAUUCCCGAGGAAGAAGUAGAAAAAUCAAAGAGUUCGAAGGAUAAGAAGGCAAACGGACCUGAUCCAAAAGGACCAGGUCUUGUAUUUAAAUUAACCUGCAAGGUUCCCUAUAAGACUGUACUAAAAGCUCACAAUUCCCUGGUGCUUAAGGCUGAGAGUGCAGUCGAUAAGAACGAGUGGAUUAAUAAGUUGCUGAAGGUUAUUCAGGCUCGAGGAGGCCAAGUGGGCAAUGUUUCCAUGAGACAGAGUUUUUCAGAAGGUUCACUUGAUAAGAUGGUUAGGAAACCCGUCGAUCCAGAAGAGGAACUCCGGUGGAUGUCCCAAGAAGUACGAGGUUACGUUGAAGCUGUCCUUAACAGUCUUGCAGCCAAUGUUCCAAAGGCUGUUGUUCUCUGUCAAGUGGAGAAAUCAAAAGAAGACAUGCUGAAUCAACUAUACAGUUCUAUCAGUGCAAUUGGCAAUGAGAGGAUCGAGUCAUUGAUUCAAGAGGAUCAGAACGUUAAAGGAAAAAGAGAGCGUUACCUGAAACAAUCCUCUCUUCUUUCUAAGCUCACAAGGCAGCUUAGCGUUCAUGACAACCGAGCUGCUGCUGCUUCAAGUUGGUCUGACAACAGUGCCACUGAAAGUAGCCCAAAAACCAGUGGAGGAGGUUCUUCAGGGGAAGACUGGAUGAAUGCCUUCAACGCCGCUGGUAAUGGAGGGUCAGAUUCAUUGUCAAGAUACGGAUCAGGUAGUCACAGCCGCCGUUACAGUGAUCCUGCUCAGAACGGAGAUUUACCAUCACCAGGCUCUGGUAGCAACCGCCGCACCACCCCGAACCGGCUUCCACCAGCACCACCACAGGGUGGAUCAUCUUACAGGUAUUAG